GUGCAAUGGAUGGAUGCGUUGCCCCGCUACGUUGUACAUAUUUGUCUUAGUUAAAACAGAAUGCGCCCUCUCCGACAAAUUUUCCCCUCAGAUAUGCUCCGCGCUGUUGCGGAGGGCUGCUAAUUCGCAGCGCGGCGUUAAUAAAUGAUCCAGGAGCAACGGUUUUUCGUUAUAGUUUGAAGAUUAACGCUAGCUGAGGCUGUUGAAGUGGCUAUACGGCUAGCUCCUCCUUGCUGUCUACCAUCGCAUUCUUGUGUCUCCUGCCUCAGGAAUGUUCUCCAAAAAACCUCAUGGAGACGUUAAAAAAUCAACACCGAAAGUGUUGGACCCAAAGAAGGACGUGUUGACGAGGCUCAAGCAUCUCAGAAUAGUCAUAGAAAAUGCAGAGCCUGCAGAGCUGAAACAAUUCUUCGACCUGAAUUAUUCCCAUAUCUACUAUGUCUUCUUUGAGAACUUUGUCACCAUUGAGGUCAGCCUCAAGCAAAAAGGUCAUAAGUCCCAGAGGGAGGAGCUAGACUCGAUCCUCUUCAUUUUUGAGAAAAUCCUCCAGCUCCUACCAGAGAGAAUCCAGAGCCGAUGGCAGUUCCACAGCAUUGGGCUGAUCCUCAAGAAACUGUUGCACACUGGGAACUCUCUAAAGAUCCGUCGUGAAGGUGUGCGGUUGUUCUUAUUGUGGAUGCAGGCAUUACAAAGUAAUGCAGAGCGUGAGCAGCUCUGCAUGUUUGCCUGUUUGAUUCCUGGGUUCCCAGCUCCACUCUGCCAUGGAACUCCACGCACCCUGGAUACUCUGAUCAACCCACCGCUGACUUUGACAGAGACUCAGGUGACCCCUGAAGAAAUCACUCCACUGGUUCCUCCGCAGUCAGGUGACAAGAACCAGGAAGACCUCACUGCUUACUUUCUAGAAGCUCUAUUGAAAUACAUGGUAAACCAGGCAAAGUCUCUCGAGUGGCGGUGUAAAGAGAACCAUGAACGUGGCUUCAGCUUCCUCUUUGGUCACUUCAGGAAGUUUUACCUUCCUCACAUCUUUCCCAACUUCGCUAUGGAAACCAGCCUCUACAACCCCAUGCUGGAUGUGCCUCCGAUGCGCCCUAAGCCAUACUACAGUGUGGUGCGCAGAGAGCAGGAUGGCGGUGAAAUAAUGUACUGCACCAAGGAGAGUUUUCUUCAAGCCCGAGUUAUCUUUAUCCGCUGGCUGGUGUCCUUCUGGCUGGAACCUCGACCCAACACACAUACACAUAUCCCAGGAACAGAAGGAGAGAAUGUCCCCAAGAACAUACAGCGAGCAGCUGCCGGACUGGCUGCUCGAUCCGCAGGCAGCUCAGACGACAGCGGUGGAGGAGGGCUUCGGUCUGACAGCCACCUGGAAGGAAGCAUGGGCUCAUCUGGGCCAGGAGGAGGUAGCAUGGGGAUCUCUGGGGGCCCAGGGACUGCGGGUGAACCUGAACAGAGCCACUCCAACACAUCUACACUGACAGAGAGAGAGCCCAGCUCCUCCUCACUCUGCUCCAUGGAUGAAGAGCAGCUGACAGACAUGGAGGUAGUGAGGAGAGUACUGACCAGCUCAAGAACCAACGUCAACUUCAUCACGGAGAUCUUUCGACAGGCUUUUCUACUUCCCAUGUGCGAGGCAGCUGCAAUGCGAAAAGUGGUCCGUGUUUACCAGGAGUGGAUCUCCAUGGAAGACAAGCCAGUGUUUAUGAAGGAGCCAGAGGAGGGCCCCUAUCCUAUAGCCACAGGUGGCAGUCUGGAUUCAGGCUCUCAGCUCGGGGACAAAGAAGAUGAGGGAAUGAACAAAGUGAUUGACAGUGAGUUGCUGGAGUACAGUGUUCAUGCUGGUGUUCAGACUACGCUACAGGUAUUUAUCACCCACUCCUCCAACGUUUUCUUACUGGAACCAGCCAAUGAUAUCAAGAUCCUUUUAGAGGAGCAUGUCGACAUGUGCAAACGAGUCCUGAACAUCUAUCGCAGCCUUGUAAUGCAUGAAACCAUGGACCAGAAAACAUGGGAACAGAUCCUACUGGUUCUGCUGAGGGUGACAGAGUCAGUGAUGAAAAGGCCUCCAUCCAUUAUGCCUCAGGGCAAGAAGAACAACACGCUGUCAGGCAGACUGGCUGGACCCAUCUUUCAGACACUUAUAGUAGCCUGGAUUAAGGGAAACCUAAACGUCUAUAUCAGCAGAGAACUGUGGGACGAUCUUUUGUCAGUCCUCUCCUCCCUAACCUGCUGGGAGGAGCUCGUCACUGAGUGGUCACUCACUAUGGAGACCCUCACAAAGGUGUUGGCAAGAAACCUGUACAGUGUCGAUCUGAAUGAGCUGCCUCUGGACAAGCUCAGUGAGCAAAAACAGAAGAAACAUAAAGGAAAAGGUAUUGGUUCUGAGGGCCAGCGGCAGAUUGUGGACCGUUCCUUCUCUAAAGGCUGGAGCAGAGACCAACCAGGUCAGGCAGCAGCCAUGAGGCAGCGAAGCGCCACCACUGCUGGCUCACCAGGCAUCGAAAAAGCCCGAAGUAUUGUCCGUCAGAAGACUGUGGACCUUGAGGACCCGCCAAUCACGCUGACAUCCCGUAACUCUCGGAUGCGCCACUCAUCCCAGAGCGAUGAGGCCCCUCCCACCUCCUGUUCUGAGGUCUUCCAGGGAGUGGUCUGUGAUCUGGAUACCCCAGCCCCAUCCUCCCUCGCAAGGAGCAGCAGUGCCUCAGACAUCAUGGAGCCCUUCAUCGCAGAGCGGGUCAAAGGUGAAGACCCACAGAGGGAUCCUACUUCGAUCCCGAAUCCUCCCCACCACCACUCCACAACUUCUUCCUUACUUGCAGCCAACAGCCACGCUCAACCACUCUCACAAUCCCUCACCUCCCCUUCUCCCACCCCUUUUUCCUUGUCCAAUGGUGUUGUUUCCUCGUCCUCAAAGGGACAAGAUGUUGGUAGUGUUUAUGAUCAAUUCUGGCCCCAGAGUGGCUCCCGAAGCCGAGGUUCUAGUUCUGAUUGGGUAAGCAACUGGGACUCUGCCUUCACCUUUUCAUCUGAAAAGGAAACUGAUGCAGAAGAAGGUGAAAGUACAGCUGCUGUAGAGGAAGAUGAUUUAUUCUCAUCAAUUAGAGAAUACCUCACUCACAAAGGAGGUGAAAGAAAAGAGGAGGCUGGGGGAAGAGAUAGCCCUGCUCAUACAUUAGAAAACAGUGUUAUUUUACCUGCCCAGGUGCAAACAGGGGUAGCUAGAGCACAAUUGGACAAUACAGGACAGCUGGGAGAAGCAAAACAGGUGGUAAGAGAGGACAGACAGGUAAGUAAAUCAGUGAGACAUAGCAGUGUGGAUUCUACAGAGGAGAAUGAGGCAGAGCAGCGGAGUAUCUAUGAGUGCCUUGAGUUGCAGUGUCAGUGGCCACCGCCCAACGCUAAGGGGAGCGCUAGCUUAGAAAGGAACAUGGGGGAGAAAAAGGGAGUAGGAGGAAAUACUGGAAGGGCAACAGGAUUGGAAGGGAAAUUUGACACAUGGAGUGAAAUAGAAGAGAAACAAGAUGAUAAAGAAGCAGCAGCAAAUACCAAGUCCAGUUUAAUUAGACAAAAUACCAACACAGUUGAAUCUAGCAUUGAAUCGACUCCCCAGACUUCAGACCCAAUUAAGACCAAGAUGUCCCGAGGUAGCACCAAGAGGCACCACUCUGGGGGUGUUCAUGUCAGCUUCCGACCCUCAACUGAGUCUGUCCAGUUCCACAACCCACUUGAGAAUAAGGAGGCCCACUGGAAAGCCAGGCUGCGCCGGCUCAGUCACUUCCACACACAUAGCCACUCGGCUGGGGAGAGACCAGGGGCUGGAGCCGGGAUGGGGUCAGGGGGGAAGCUGGGAGCAGGGGGUGCAGGUAAGUUUGGCUCGGUGGCUGGAAUUAGCCAUAGAACAGGGCCACAUGAGAAAUUGUCAUCUGGAACUGUUACGGAUAGCAGCGGGCCAGGGGGCAGUGCAGGUGCUGGAGGCUUGGAAAACAGGGCUGGGACUGGAGGGGACAAGGACAAGCAACAUCCUGGAUCCUGUGUGGGAUCCAGUAUGGGCCCUGAGGUCCACUCAGAUGUUUUAUCAAGUAGUUCAAGUUCCUCUGGCAUAUCGUCAGGAGUGCGCGGACGUCUGGGACGUUCAGCCUUGCGAUCUCGAGCUUCCCGCUCACGCUCCCAGGAGCCUGGCAGCACUGCCUCACGACACCACCAGGGGGCUAUUCUUGGUGGUGUCUAUAAGACUGUGGUUCACGCCCUGUCCUCUAAGCCUCGGCCCAGAGGCCAGGGGUCAUCCCAAGGCUCGUCGCCACAGCGGCAGGGCCGGGCCGCCAUGGGCGACGCAUCACUAAGGGAUCUCUACUCCCAUGUCCUGGGCUACUUUGGACGAAAGACGACUACGCCAGCCAACAAAGAGGAGGUGGUCCAGAAGGCCCGUCCAGUCUCCAGUGAUGUAGGAAGUAGUAACCCAAACUUCUCUGACCUCAUGGAUGAGUUUAUCCAGGAGAGACUGAGGGCCAAAGGAACUGCGGGUCGUCGUGGCAGCAGCCCAGGAAGCCUGGAAGUUCCCAGGGACCUGCCAGAGCUCUUGGAGGCUGGUCAGAGUCCUGGAUCGCGACCCUCAGAUGACCUUCGUCCUAUUGAUGAUCCGGGGGUUCCCUCUGAGUGGACGUCACCUGCUAGCGCCAGUGGUUCUGAUGUCAUCAGCUCUGACAGCCAAUCAGACUCUUUUAAUGCCUUUCAGUACUCCACAUGCAAAUUUGACAACUUUACUUUUAGUUCUGAGGCCUGUGGAGGAGGAGUUGGAUCUGGUGGAGGAGGAGGAGGAGGAGGUCGAGGCAGCUCCCUGGACCAGGAUAGUUUGGGUGGAGGCAUGGCCUGUGAAGAACAUGAAGUAGCCAGUUUGACAACACUUCAUAUCGACUCAGAGACCAGCAGUCUCAGCCACACUGUCACCGUCACUGGUUCUGAGAGUGCAUCACCUAUGCAUUCCCUUGGGGGCUCUCGCUCCCAGACACCCUCUCCUGCUACACUGACAGCAGAACACACUGAUCACACACACUCCCAUUCGCACACUCACUUGCAGUUGGACCAGAAACUCCACAACUCUGUCCUACAGACCCCUGAUGAUCUGGAAACAAGUGAGUUCCCCAGCGAGGACUGCAGUGUGAUGGCAGGCGGUUCUCUAACUGGAUGGCACGCAGAUGUUGCCACAGUAAUGUGGAGGAGGAUGCUGGGUAUCCUGGGGGAUGUCAACAGCAUCAAGGACCCAGAGAUCCAUGCUCAGGUCUUUGACUACCUUUGUGAACUGUGGCAAAACCUGGCCAAGAUCAGGGAUAAUUUGGGCAUAUCUCUGGACAACCAGUCGUCUCCUCCUCCUCCUGUUCUGAUUCCACCCCUGAGAAUCCUUACCCCCUGGCUCUUCAAGGCCACAAUGCUGACGGAGCGUUAUAAGCAGGGAAAGCUUCAUGCCUACAAGCUAAUCUGCAGGAUCAUGAAGAGACGGCAAGAUGUUUCCCCGAACUCAGACUUUCUCACACACUUCUACAACAUCAUGCACCAAGGACUGCUGCACCAAGACCAGGAUAUUGUGAACACCAUUAUCAAGCAUUGCAGUCCCAGGUUCUUCAGUAUUGGUCUACCUGGAGCCACCAUGCUGAUCCUGGACUUUAUCAUUGCAGCUUCACGAGUCACUGCCUGCUCAUCACUCAAUGCUCCAAGAGUGGAGGCUCAGAUCCUUCUCGGGUCUCUGGUGUGUUUUCCCAACUUGUAUGGGGAGCUUCCAGCCCUUCACCCCACCACUGCUGAUGUGGUGCUGACCAAAUUCCCAGAUGUCAAGGAGCACAUUAUCAAAACCAUCCUGACCUCUGCCAGGGAUGAGCCCUCUGCUCCUGCUAGGUGUGUGGCUCUGUGCAGUCUGGGUAUCUGGCUGUCUGAAGAAUUGGCUCAUGGCACUCAACAUCCACAGAUUAAAGAUGCUCUCAAUGUCAUCUGUGUUACCUUGAAGUACCCCAAUAAGAAUGUUGCACUGGUGGCAUCAGACAUCCUUCACCUCCUGAUCAGUUACGUGGAUCAUCUUCAGAAGUUCCCCCCUGACACUCCAAAGAAAAUCGUAGAGAUUUUGAUCGCCACCAUCACACACUUGCUGCCUUCUACUGAGUCCUCUCCUCAUGAGCUGGACAAGAGGUUGGUGGUUUCCCUCCUGUUGUGUUUGUUGGACUGGGUGAUGGCUCUGCCUCCGAAGACCCUUCUGCAGCCUGUACAGACACGAAGCCCUCCAGAGAAGGACCAACCUACCAAGACCCUGCUUAGCUGUAUUUAUAAGGUAUUACAUGGUUGUGUGUAUGGAGCGCAGUCUUUCAGCAGUCCCAAGUAUUACCCGCUGCAGCUGUCGGACCUGUUGAGUCCGGACUACGAUCCGUUCUUGCCAUUAGAGAACCUCCGAGAACCAGAACCACUGCACAGCCCAGACUCAGAACGCUCCAGCAAGCUACAGCCUGUCACUGAAGUUCGCAGUCGUAUUCAGCAGGGCCUGGUUUCCAUCGCAGCCAGAACAGUAAUUACCCACCUGGUCAACCAUCUAGGACAUUACCCCAUGUCUGGAGGGCCCGCCACUCUGUCGAGUCAGGUGUGUGAGAACCAAGACAACCCAUUCUGUGAGAGUGCAGAUCUUGGACCAGAACUUUUCCAUUCACCAAACCUACAGUUUCUGGUUCUGAACGGCUCCACAUUGCUGUCAGUGCUACAGAUCCGAUCAGAGUCUGGUGUGCCAGGAGGCGGAAUGACAGCUGGUUUGUCCUCUGCUCCUGCUAGCGUUCGUGUCAUCAUCCGAGAUGUCGCUGGAAAACACUCCUGGGACUCUGCCGUCCUCUACGGGCCUCCGCCGUGUUCCCCAAACAGUCCAGCACACACACUUUUAACACACACACAGUCACCUCACAGCGCGAAUCUUCAUUUACGCACCCCACCAGGAGGUCCGCCAAAAAAGAUGGUAGUGAAAAGAGAAGAUAGCGAGGAAGAUGGGCAAGAAGAUAGGGGGCCAGAGGAGGGAGGAAGAGGGAUGGAGGGUGACAGGCAAGAGUUUCAGGGAGAGGGGGAGGAGGAAGGAGAGAAAAGGAAAGCCGGUGACGAGGAGAAGGAAGAUCAGAGAGGAGGUGACGAUGGAGAACAAGGAGACGAGGAGGAGCAGGAGGAGGAGAAGAAUGAGCAGGGAUUGGAUGGGGUGGGGGAUCGAGGAACGUCGAGCUUUGAGCAACUUCUAGCUCCACCAUUGGCUAAACGUGUGUGUCGGGAGGCGGUGCCAGCGUGGGACUCACUGAGAGAAGGCGAUGACGCACUGGAUGAAAUGCUGCAGUACCUCGGAUACUCAAGUCCUGAGUGUCUACAGAGAGCAGGCAUGCCACUCAACAUCCCAGCCCCUCCUCCAGCAUGUGUUUCAGAGAAGCAGGAGAACGAUGUGAUCAAUGCCAUCCUGAAACAAAGUGCCGAUGAGCGAGAGUUUGUCUUUCAUAGAGGUGAGGAGUUGAACAUGAGAGCAGUGCAGCAGACCGAACCAGAGACUCAGACGCCACAGUCAGCCUUCUACUACUGCAGACUACUGAUCAACAUACUGGGACUGAACUCCUGGGAGAAGAGGAGUAACUUUCAUUUGUUGAGGAAGAAUGAGAAGUUACUGAGAGAGCUGAAGAAUUUGGACUCACGACAGUGCCGUGAGACCCAUAAGAUUGCAGUGUUUUACGUUGCUGAAGGUCAAGAAGAUAAACACUCCAUACUAACUAAUACAGCGGGCAGCCAGGCUUAUGAGGACUUUGUCUCUGGACUGGGCUGGGAGGUGGACCUCACCACUCACUGUGGCUUCAUGGGAGGCCUUCAGAGAAAUCGCAGCACAGGCCAGACCACGCCUUACUACGCCACUUCCACAACCGAAGUCAUCUACCACGUCUCCACUCGCAUGCCCCACGACCAGGACCACAACCUCACCAAGAAGCUUAGACACCUGGGCAAUGACGAAGUCCACAUCGUUUGGUCAGAACAUUCCAGAGACUACCGCAGAGGAAUCAUCCCCACUGAGUUUGGAGACGUGCUGAUCAUCAUCUACCCCAUGAAGAACCACAUGUAUUCCAUCCAUAUACUCAAAAAACCAGAGGUGCCGUUCUUUGGUCCGCUGUUUGACGGAGCCUUGGUGGAUAUGAAGAUUUUGCCCACGAUGGUCAGAGCCACAGCUAUCAAUGCGAGUCGAGCUCUCAAAUCUCUCAUUCCCCUGUACCAGAACUUCUAUGAGGAGCGAGCCCGGUACUUAGAAACUAUUGUGCAGCACCACCAGGAGCCGACCACCUUCGAAGAUUAUGCAGCUCGAGUCUACAGUCCUGCUCCCUGCACCCACCUGCCCUCAGACACAGGCUCCUGCCUCGAGAUUCUUCGGGGAGAAAGUCCGGCUCUUGGGGAGGCCGGGAGCGACUCGGCGUCCCCCAUGUCUCCUCGGACUAGCAAGAGCCGCAUGUCCAUGAAGCUGCGACGCUCCUCCGGAUCGGCCAAUAAGACCUGAGCUUUCCACAUUACAUGGCUCGGACAGCAUGGACGCUUCAUAUCAUCAAAAAUAAAACUUUGCUGUCCCUUAUAUCAGCCAGUUUGGACAAAAUUAAAUCAGGCAUAAACAAAUUCAAAUGAACAGCUUUGGUAAAAUUUACAUAUUAAUAUAUCAUUUGCAGCAGGAAAACGAUGAUAAGUGUUCACAGAAAUUAACCAUUAGGGAUGUCAAUAGACUUUGACUCGUCCCAGCUUCUUCAGCAUGCUGCAUUUCUGAUUGGACACUGGCCUUUAAUCCACAAAAACUCUAUCACACACCCUUUGUUGUACUCUCAAAAAUACAUGUAAUCGUAUUUUGUGGAAUAUACUAUACUCUGACUUUUUUUGAAAAUUUUCACAGAUGUUGUAUAUAUCUGCAACUUUGCUUAAAAAAAAAAACAAAAAAAACAUAGAAACCGGUAGAACCAGCGCUGCAGCAUGCUGAUAUUUGCCACAGUAGGAAGUUCAGCCUUAGCAGUGCAGUAUUAGUUCAUAACAAUCUGUGCCAUGUUAGAAAGCGCACAAAUGCCAGUGUAACCAGGACUGCAAAAAGCUUAAGUGUGCCACAUUUUACUCUGCUCUGUAAACAGGUUAUGGAGAGAACAUUCAGCGAGAUCAAACUGCAGAACAAAGAAAAGCAGAGUCUGUGCGUGUGUGUGUCGUUGGAUGUUGCUGAGGGGAAUCUGUAUAUUUGUACAAUAGUCAGCCUGAGUGUGUACAGACAGAAACAGGAGUUUUGAUAUAAAAAGCAACAGGAGUGACGGCUGUAAAGUGCUGCAUUGAGAAAGCAAGAUAAAAGUCUAUUUUUGUUGUCAGUGCAUCACAGACCUAUAAAGAUGAAGGCAGGGUUGGUGUCUUUUCAGUCCUCCUUAAAAUGUAAAUACAAAUCCACUCAUUUGCUAACAAUAACAAAAGUGCAUCUUUGUGGACGUGGCAACGUUCUCAAGCCAAAACUGUUCUUUCUUAGUGUUUGAAUCUAGAAGAAAAUCCCCUGUCCUAACUCUGAAAGUGAGCUGACCCUCCCUCCCUCCCAUGGAGCGAUGUAAGGAACAGUGUUUUAAGGAUGGAUGACUUGUUUGUUUGUCACAAAGGAGAGAGAAAAACACUUUGUAGGACAUUAUUAACAAGACAAACGGAUCAAAGAGGAAGCACUUGUUACACAAAGUUUGUUGUGGCUUUUCUUUUGUUCUCGCUCAUGCUGUAAAAUGUGGACAAGCACUGAUGUUCAUUGAAUUCAUUUUCUUUUCUUUUUUUUUUUGGUUUCUCAUUUUUUAAAAAUUGACUGUAAAUUGUGUUUUGACCCGAACAAGAAUGUUGCUGUAUUUUUAGUCACUUUGUCAUCUGAGGCGAAAAACAACAGCUUUUUGUUCUUUGUUCUUUGACUACGUAUAUAUAUAUAUAUUCUGUAUAUCUAUAUAUGUAUGAGUAUAAAUAUAUAUAUAUAGUAGACAUAUGAAUAUCUAUAAGAAUGUGUACAGUGUGAGGAAGCUUGUUGUGUAUAUACGGUUACGUGAGAAUAGCUGCCAAAGCCAAGUGGUUGAACCUCAGACCACGUAUUUGCUUAAAAAAAAAAUAGGUCAACACUACAAGAUUUCAAGCUUCAGCAGUUGGCACUUCAUCUCUAGGAAUUUAAAGGUGAUCUUAUUUUACUCAUGUGUUUCAGUUUAGUUCUCAUCCUUGGUGCCACAGCUAGAUUCUGGAAAAAUCAGAGGAAAACUUCUCCAAGAUCUUGUGAAUUUGUAUGCUUGUUUUCAUGUGUUGCUUUGUUUCCCCCUCCACACAUGAAUUCUUGUAAAGCCGGAGGAAAACCAGGCCUCGUGUAAAACCCAUGAAUACUGUAUGCACUUAACAACACUGCAGCUACAAAUUGAGGGCUCUUUUGGGUUUAUAAUGCGCCUAAUCAAUGCCAACAAGACAAGUUUUAGGCCUUCAUUACUCUGUUUGAGACAUGACUUAGUGAGCCCCUGUGUCUUUCUUUUGGAGGCAGUUUUAGGGUGACAAAUCCAAGUGUGCAAAAGAGAGAUCUACAGCCAAAGAGGGGUAACAGAUUUAUCAUCUUUUUUUUUUAUUAUUAUUAUUUUAGCAUUAAAUCCGUAUACAUAUAUAUAUAUUUAGACUCGUCCUCAGUUUCACUUGUGGGUGGAGGGGAUCAGCUUGCAGUUACAAUGUAGAUAAUUAAAUAGCACCAUAGAUGGGUUUCCAUGUGUUUCAACACUCCAUCAGUUCAAUAUAAAACUGACUAAUACAUUUGUAGUAUUAACAGUACUUGCCCCAAAAAUUCACCUGGGAACUAGGAAGUUUUUCUCUCUAAAAGUCAAGGCUGUUGCUUUUCAGGGUUUAUCACGACUCAGUGCUCUUUCUUUAAUUGUACACGAUGGCUUGUAACUUCAUUUUUCCUUGGCCUGACUGAUCCCAGAUAGAGAAAGCAUGUAAAUGUAGGAUCUGUAUUUGACGAUAUAGAUCUGUGUGUUAAAGGUUUUGCAUAAAACUUCACUGCUUGAAGUCUAUGUGUACACAGCUGUAUUUUUUUGUUUUUUUAUUUUUUGUUGCAGCCAUAGAUUCUCUGUAGAGAGGAAAGGGAUUGUACAACUUUCUUUUUUUUUGACCCCUUAUGUUGGGUUGAAAUUGUUCAUUUUUUAAAAUGCCAUUGUAAAAUGAGGUCAAAUUCAUGUGCUGUUACUUUGUGUGUGAGUAUUUGAAGUCAGCUGAGAUUUGAGUUGUCCCUUUAAAUUAUUGCUGUUGCAGUUUUUUGUUUUUUGUUUUGUUUUGUUUUGUUUUGCUGAGGUCGAAGCACCAUGGAUUGGUUAAGACAUGACCCUGAUCUGUACAUGCUGUAAAUACACUACAGAUCGCUGAAUGAGUCCCAGUUUGCUUGGUUACAUCCCGUAAACACUCUGACAGCCUGUUCAGUCUACAUCCACACUCCGUCCCAGUACCCACGCCACACAGCAACGCCAUGUUUACACUCCGUUACGCUCUUCGGAUUAAAAUCCCUGUGACUCUGUUUGAUGACUGGAGUCCUGAUGCUGCUUUAAUCUUCCACAGUAAAGAUAGUUUUAUAGAUUGUAAAUAAUCGUCACGAUUGCAUUUUGGCAAUGAACUGUGUUUAGUUUGAAAACUCUCAUUAGCAACAACCAAAAUUUGACUUAAGUUACCUAAGGCCUUUGAGCAUCGUUAAAAAAAAAUCAUAUCAGCGACACUAAGACAGUCUGGCUGGAGGCUUUUGACUCAGAUUGUAUACAUUUCAGCUUUUUUGUCCCAAAUCUGACCUUUGUUUUGUUUUUGUUUUUUUUGCAAAGGAGGGAAAGUCAGACUCCCUCAUGUUUGAGCUGCAGCAGCAUCAGUUGCCCCUCAUGAAUAAAUACAUUCAACCUGUGUGCCUGUCAGUGGAUCUCUGAACGUGAGGGCCGUGAUGGAUACGGGUUCAGCUGUUGUCCACAUGUUAGUCUGGGACAAAGCUGAUAUAUGUAACUACUGAUUAUACAUACUGCAUGACACCAGUCCAGUACUAACUGCAUGUUUUGACCAGCUGUAUCACCACACACACACACAUACACACGCCACAAACUAUGUUACUGUCAAAUCUGUAGUAUGUAAACAUGUGUAAUGUCUGUUGGAGACGCACACAGUGUGGAUGUGCGAUGAUGGAAUUUGACAAUAAAUAAUUCGUACCAAUGA